AUGGCUUCUAACCCUUUCGUCGGCGGAGUUUGUGUCCUUCUCUUGUCCAUGAUACUCGUGGGAGCCGCCUCCGCCGCCGAUGAUUACUCCUCCAGCCCCGAAGCUCCAAAAACUCAACCCAAAAUUCAGUCUGGAUCAUACGAGAAGCCAGUUGCUCAGUCAAUGCCUAAACCAGAAGAAUCGGUAAAGCCAACUUUGAGAAAAGACGCUAGCUAUGGCGCUGAAGAAGGUUCAAAAUCUCAACCCAAAAUCCAGUCUGGAUCAUACGAGAAGCCAGGCGCUCAGGCUGUGCCUAAACCAGAAGAAUCAGCUUCAAAACCUCAACCCAAAAUCGUGCCUGAUUUCUACUCGAAGCCUACUUACAAAGCAGACCCACACUACGAAAUGCCCAAACUAAGCAUCCCAAAGCCAGAAGAAGCUUUUCCUGCGGCCGUUGAAGGGAUAGUUAUCUGCAAAUCAUCCUCCGGAUAUGUCCCCAUCAAAGGAGCCGUAGUGACAAUCACGUGUUUGAAAGUGAACGAGGAAAGAUAUGAUCAUGACAAGACUCCAGUGUCAUGUCAAUCCAGUCCAACGAAUGCCAAGGGCUAUUUCUUCAAGACGCUACCUUCUAACAAAGAUGUCAAGAAGAAUUCAUGGGAGAACUGCAAGGCUUUCCUCGAGCAAUCCCCAAUGGAGGAAUGUGGAGCCCCAAGCAAUGUGAACAGAGGAAUCGAAGGUUUUCCACUGUCUUCUCAUCGCAUUCUGCAAGAUAAGCACCUCAAGUUAUAUUCAGUUGGGCCUUUCUUCUAUACUUCGGAGGAUAAACCAACCAUGAACAAAGUCCCCGCCGGUGGCUAUUAA